AUGAUCUUUAUCAGUAUCAUAGGUCAGCUCUAUCUCUUCGAAUAUAUGAACUCUCUUAAGGUUCCCCUCAACAAUAGAAACAUCACACCAGCCUUCUAGGAUUUAUUGCAAGAAAAUUGGAGUUUCUAAAAGGGCAUUGGCUAGUUGAAAUAUAACUAUCCUCAGAGACAGUUCUUUGUCCUCUUACCAGAUAAUUUCUAAAAUGACAACGAGCAAGAUUAGCAGAUACUUAUCAAAAGCAGAAUACCCAUUGAGAACCAAAAGCACUACUUGAAUGUGAUCUUUACUGGUUCCCACCAGAGUCAAAAGAACAACGUUAACAUCUUCCAAGAUAUCCUAUUUGAUAAGUCUUUCAGCCAAGAUAGCAUCUUUUAUCAAGUACAUAGAAACGAGUCUCACACGACAUUAAUUGGCAAGAACUCAGACAACUGGGAGAAGUCUUUCAUAGAUUUGAUCUAUAAAAAGCAAUUCGUCAAGUCAAGAGACCUGAGUCUUCUCAACACCUGCGCUGAAGCCCUAGAAAACAAAGACUUGAAAGGUUUAAUCAUUUUCGAUUUGCGCGGCGUUCGUGACUACAAGGCCACCUUAACUCUCUACAAGUAGUUCCAAGAACAGAAAGAAAAGUAUGUCAUGCUGCAAUAUCAAUCCAAGGAUAAAUUCAAACUAUUCUAAAGCUUCAAAGUCGACAAUGCCUUUACCUCAGAGAUCAUGCUUGAGGAUAUCAACGCAGUCUUGCAUGCUUUAAUUGGUGUGGGAAUCAACUAAAACAACAUGGGCUUGACUAGCUAUCAGUAUCUUAAACACUAACUUGACAAAAAUCUGAUAUCUUACAAUCAAAUUAAUAACAUCUUCAACCUCCAAAGAAUGUAUCAUCAGAUUAUUGCUAAGAGCUAUCUAUCUGAUGCAAACAUGCUCAAGUACUAAUAGUAGAUCGUCACUAAGUACAAGAUUAUAGUAGAAUUCUUUGAUCUCCACAUGAAUGAUGCAGUUAGAAAUAGACAACCAUAGGAUCCUUAAAACUAUGAAGCAUUUUCAACUCUCUGCAAAGAUUUGCUCAAUGAACUCUAUGAUGUAAUCACAAUUAAUCAUAAUAUGCAUAACAAGUCCUACAUCUACACCUACAUUGUAAUCUAAGUGCUUGCCUCUAUCAUUAUGAUCCUUCUAUUACUCAAGUCCGUCCUUUUUAUCGUUGAAAAUUACAAUGAGAGAAAUACCUCAGCUUCUUACCAGAUAUUAGGAAUAGUAGUAGUAUUCGCUCUGGCAAUAUUUGUUUUCUCAAUUGAGUUUAAUCUAUACUUGAUUGUAUUAAUGAUCUUAGCUGUUAUUGCAGCUGCUUUUGCUUUGUACUAAAUCUUUAAAGGGAAGAUUGAAAUCAACAACAUUAAGCAACUAGACUACAUUGAUAUCCAAAUACUCAUAAUUAUCAACAUUUGGAACGUUAUCCUAUCUUUUGACUCUGAUUUAAAGUAGGCUAUAACCCUUCUAAUUGUAUCACUGAUAAUAGCCUAAUCGCUUAGAAAGCUAAGAGGUGUAUCUCAGCUUAGCCUAAAGUUCUUUAUCUUAAGCAUUAUCUCAAUAGUGGCAGGAUACAGUGUAAACAACAAUAUUUUGGAGUCAUUUAUUUCUUCUAAUUCAAUUUAAGAAUUAAGUGAAUCUAACUUGCUCAGAGUUUACAUUCCAACUGCUAUAUUCAUUAUGGUAGAGCAAUUUAUUUACUCCAGCGAUAAAAUCAUGUUCCUUGUUGACAAUACAAUUUUCAUUAAUCUCUUGAGAGGAAAAAGUAUUCUUAGCUAUAUCUUAAUCCCUAGACUAUGGGCUGGAGAGCAAAGCAGACUUUUCAAGUCAUUCUUGUUCAGCUUUUAUCAGUUCUCAUUCUUUGGAAUAAUUAUUGCAGUCUUCAUCUUCAUUACCUAUGAAUCUGUCUUUAAGUAUCUAUCAGGCACUUACAACAGUUUGAUAAAUGAAAAAGAGUUGAGAAAAGACAUGACAGAUGACAUCAGUUACAGUAAAUUCUACCUACACAAGCAGAUUAAGUUUGAAAUCUUCUUAAUCAGCUUUUUAAACAUCUUGCCACUCGUCAUCUUAAUUAGCGGACCUGGAUUUUACUUGUAAUUGAUUGGAAUUUUGACAAUAGUUAUCACAUUAAUGGCUAUGGAGAUAAAGAUAAACCCAUACUUCCAUCACUCAUUCAUCACAAAGCUGCUCUUGGUUGGUCUCUUAUUCAAGCUCAAUGAUAAUAACGAGACUACUAAGUAACUUUAUGAGUAUGAAAUCGUUGUUUCAAACUAAAUCAUAGCUGGUCUCCUGGCUACUUUUAAAUAGUCAGCAGUUGAGAUUGUUAUCUUUAGUCUUUUCUGUCUUUACACUUUGAAAGUUAAAAACCAUAGACAAGUAGAAACUAAAAUCACUGAGGCUUUAGAGUUUGAUAGAUACUAUGAGAAUGAAGAGGACAUUUAAGCCCAAAUUCUUAACAAUGAAAUAAUAAACAAACUUACUUGCUAUUUCUUAUGCUUAAGUUCUGUUUACUUGGUUCAGAUAAUUAUUGAGAAUCUUAUUUUCAAUUCUGAUCAGACCAAAUCUAUUCAAGCAUAGAGAGAGUACUUCAGUAUUGUCGAGCUCAAUUCAGUACUAGUCAUCAUGGCUGUAUUUAUGCUCCAUUGA